AUGCCGGCGGCGGCAGCAGAUGUCACCGCCCGCAAAGUUCGGGCGUCGCGGAGGAGACGGCGGCGGUGGGUGCGCCGCACUGUGUGGGCUAUUAUGUGGUGGGCGGGAGCCGUAACACUUGGCAAAGCUCAUCUCGACUCUGUUCGAAUGUACAUCAUUGUGUCUGUGUUGCUCGGUAUAUUUUUAUCGCUGAGACGCGUGCGGCAGACAAGCGCUGAAGACGAGGAUUCGGAUGAGACCCCCUUGAGUGCCUCCGUGGAUAACACCACCCAUAGCGCGCGCGGUGGCAGUGCUGUUGCUGCAACCGCUCCAUAUUGCAGCGCCGCCUCCAUACAGAGGCAGUGCGCGGCCUUCGCAGUCCUGAAGGCCAUUGGAACAUCACAGGCUGUUCGGGCCAUUCGGGAUGAGGAUCUUCGGGACCGUAUACUCAACUCCCCGCCGGACGCUGUCGUGUGUUGCUGCGGAAGUGGGAAGCGUUUCUCGCGAUGUUGUCUCGUGCUACAGGAGGAGUUGCGUCGGUGUGGAUUAUAA